AUGGAAGAUAAUAGUAUCAAUAUGUCAGGCUUUUGCAUGAGAUCAUCUGGAAGUAGUAGCAGUGGCACAAAGUGUGGACGUUGGAAUCCAACGACAGAACAAGUUAAACAUCUGACUCAACUUUUUAGAGCAGGGCUCAGAACUCCAAGCACUGAUCAAAUUCAAAAGAUAUCCAAUCAACUCAGUUUUUAUGGUAAGAUAGAGAGCAAGAACGUGUUCUAUUGGUUUCAAAAUCAUAAGGCUAGGGAAAGACAAAAGCGUAGAAAGGUUUCUUUUGAUGAUGACAAGGAUGUUAUUGUUCAUCGUAGAGACAACUCCGUCCAUGCUUCUACACAAAAUCUUGUUGAGAUGUACUCGGAGCCUAAUAGGGUGAUUGAGACUCUUGAGCUUUUUCCAUUGAACUCUUUUGGUGAUUCAGAAUCAGAAUCUGAGAAGCUGAGUAUGCGUGUAAAUGAAAGUAGGGAAAAUCCAAUAUUUGCAUACACGUGUACAAUGGGUGAACAAAUGGAGCAUCCACCAUUAGACUUACGGUUGAGCUUUGUGUAA